AUGAAUACUACAGAAUUACGAGGCAAAAAAGGCAUCAAAAAAAUCGAACACGGCAACAAAAGAGAUCGGUUAAGUGAAUUACCAGAUGAACUACUUGUCCAUAUUCUCUCUUUUCUCCCAACUACAGACGCUGUUCGAACAGUCUUACUUCGUCGAUUCGGAAACUUAUGGACUUUGAUUCCUACCCUUACAUUCGAACAUCCCAAUGACGAUAAAUUAGUAUGCAAUGUGCUAAAACAUCACAAAAGCCCCGUCAUUCACACGUUGGAAUUGUGCGACGUCGUUGGACUUUCACAAGCAACUCUAACAAAAUGUGCAAAACUAGCUUCAACAAAAAAAACCAAAGACCUUUUUCUUUUUAUGGAGUAUGGAAAAUUAUGUGUUGUGCCUCCUCAUGUGUUUCAAAGUCAGCACAUUGUCACGCUCGUUCUCAGUAAUAUAAAAAUCGGGCUCAAACGCCCGGUUUUCGUGGGAUCAUUGAUGCGAUUGGAACUUGUCGAUGUGAGAUUUUGUGAAGGAGCGCUUGAAAAAGUGAUAGAUGGAUCCCCUUGUUUGAAAGACUUGCUUAUAGUGAACCCUAUUGGUCUACAAGGUGUACAAUUUACGGCUCCGAAUAUCGAAAUGUUGAUGCUUAGUCUUCAUGAAAGACAUGUGAUGAGUUUUACACUUGAUUGUCCUAACCUUAGGAUCUUGCAUGUUGAAAAAUCAUAUAUGAGUCAACUACAAUUUAUCAAUGUUUCAUCUGUUUAUUAUGCUUCGAUCAACCCCUACGGCAUUUCUCAUCGCGGUUUGGGUCAAUUAGUUCAUGCGUUCCCAAAGAUUGAGGUUCUUAUUGUGGGUUAUGAAGCUUAUGCGCAAUUAAGACAGUGUGGAAAUUCGAAACUGGAUUUGGAAGAUAACAAAUGGGUUCGUUUAUCUUUGAGACCAAGAGUCCAUGGAAGCUGCUUACGAAACAUUAUUUGUAAGCUGCUAAAAGCGUCGCAAUGCUUGCAGACACUUAUUAUCUAUGCCAAUGGGGAUUAUUUCUGUGAUUGCAACAUGCUUCAGCGCGAGCUUUCUUCUCCUUGUGUGCUGAAGAAGCUUAAAACUAUCACCAUACAUGAAUGCGAGAAGCCAUAUAAAGGCCUAAUUCAGCUGAUAGAAUUUGUGCUUAAAAGUGCCGUAGUCUUGGACGAACUGGUUAUUCGCUGCAGUAGCAAGGAUACGUUGUUUUCAACAGAGGGGCUCGAAUUUAUUAAACAGAUAUCAAGCUUCCCAAGGGCAUCGCCAAAUGCAGUGGCAAUUAAUAUUAUGUUCAGUACUUAG